UGGUUAAAAUCCACUGAGUUAACGAUUCACUAUUAUUAAUUUGUUUAGGAAUUCAAGGAAAAAUUGUCUAUGACAAUUUUGGUAGAGCUUUUGCAUACAAAGUUUCGGUCCUUUUUAACUGUCCAUUCCUUGUAUUUAUAGGAAAUUAUGGUGGACAAUAUUGGAUAACCAUAAUAUAAACGAUAACGUACAAUAUUUGGUAACUUUCUAAGUUAAUGAACAUUUAAAUAUCCUUAUAAAGCUUAUUUCUAUUUUACAUCAAUAUAUAAAUGUAUAUAAUGAUAAUAUGCAUUUAUUGCGCAUAUUGGGCUUUCGAGUCUGUAGGGAUUCUCCCAUCCGAACUAGUUGCCAUUCUAGAGUUGGUUACGAUCGGAACAGGAUGGUUUGACUUAGAUAAUGUCCGGGAUUGAUGCAGGCAAUCUGGAUGAUCAUAGUUUAAAGAGUUCUCCACGUAAACAGACCCUGAAGACAACAUCUUUGUUUAGGGGUGUGUAGAUAAUUUAGUUCGUAGGUUCAAUGAUAGUCUAAAGCCUAGUGUAAUCAAACUAAGCUCAGAUUCAUUAUGGGAUAAUACUUGGUUAUAUUAGUUUGGUAGUAAUGAUUGAAGAGAUUUUUUUGCGCUAUCUCCAACAGUCCCCCGAGCUAUCUUGGAGUGCGAGGAUGAACUAAGUGAUAACGAAGCCUUAAUUUGUAAACCUAGAAAAGCUCGUAGGUUUUAGAGUCUCUCCUAAUAUAGUUCAAUCAAAUAAUGUUGAGGUUAGGUCCUAAUUAAUUAUAUAACACUGUACUCUCAUGAUAUUCUACUAACCCAUUUUUACUUUUAUAUAUGUAAAGAUAUGGAUAUAGGGAAACUUCCGGUUAAUCUCCUGAAGGUUAAAGGAGGGAAAAGAGGUCAGGCAAAGAAAGACGAACUCGAAAAAAUGCCUCCUCCCAAAUCUGCAAACACAACCGUUAGUACCUCAGUUCUGCCUCAGUCGCAACCUAUUCAAUCAAACGCACCCACUAUCUCGGAUAAGGGAAAAAUUGAGGUUCCUACUGAACUAGCUUCCGACCUUAUUGCUUCGGUUAAAAAAUACUUCGCCUCCCCAUUCGUUAAAGAGAUUGACAUAGACGAUACAGCUGGGGCAUUAAGCACUAGGCUUGGCUUGGACUUUCUGACAGGAGUGGGAAGAAUCUUGGGAGAAUUUUCCUCGGUUGAUUGGAAUCUCCUCCAAGAUGAUGAAUCUUUCGCCAUGCAAGGUCAAGUUGAAUUGGCUAUAAUUUUUGGCAUGCUGAGCUACCUACACCAUUCCCAACAACUUUAUGCUUACGUGGUAGUCACCAAGAAGAGCCUGGUUGAGAUGACAGAAGCUUAAACUUAGGCCAAAUUAAAGGUGAAGGGCUUGAAGAAAUUUGCUGAAGAAUCUACUAAAAUUGUAGCCCAACAUGGGUAAGGGGUACUUAUAUUUAAUGGUGACGUUAAUGAGUUCUCGAUAAUCGAUGCACAUAUUCAUGGUUCUGUCUUUUUGCUUGAUGAACAAUACUAGCGCACCCCAUGGUGAGCAGCUCAGUCAUAUGAACCCCAUAUCCUGCAACUCAUGUAGAUGUAUCUUUAAUUCUCUUAGCUAUAUUGGCGUCAUUCGGUAGGGAGCCUUUAAUAUAGGUGUUGUAUCCGGUGCUAAUUCUAUGAAAAAUUCAAUGUUCUUAUCUAGCUCUAUGACCUAGUAUU